AUGGAAGAAACAGAACCACAAGUAGAACACACUAACCAGAAUUCAGAACUAGAACUAAAACACACUAAUCCGAUUUCAGAAAUUGAACCACAAGUAGAACACAAUAACCAGAAUUCAGAACUAGAACUAAAACACACUAAUCUGAUUUCAGAAAUUGAACCACAAGUAGAACACAAUAACCAGAAUUCAGAACUAGAACUAAAACACACUAAUCUGAUUUCAGAAAUUGAACCACAAACUUCAGAAAUAGAACAAGAGGUAGAACACACUAACCAGAUUUCAGAAAUAGAACAAGAAGUAGAACACACUAACCAGACUUCAGAAAUAGAACAAGAAGUAGAACACACUAAUCAGACUUCAGAAAUAAAACAAGAGGUAGAACACACUAAUCAGACUUCAGAAAUAAAACAAGAAGUAGAACACACUAACCAGACUUCAGAAAUAAAACAAGAAGUAGAACACACUAACCAGACUUCAGAAAUAAAACAAGAGGUAGAACACACUAAUCAGACUUCAGAAAUAAAACAAGAAGUAGAACACACUAACCAGACUUCAGAAAUAGAACACACUACUUUAACCUCUCUUUAUCCUGUUGUGGGGAUUGAUGUUGUUGUUAAGAAACAGCAUAAGAAAAAUACACUAACCUCUCUUAAUCCCAGUGUAGGAGUUAAUCCUGUUGUCAACAAGUAG